CGCGGUCGCGCCCGCCAGUGCGCCGGCGCCCGUCGAGCUGCACGCUUGUGCGUGUGUGUGUGUGUGUGCGUGUGUGUGCGCCGCUGUUGUUGUGAAAGUAAACAGUGAUGGUGCGAGUGCGCGUGAAGAUGUGACCCGACCUGCGCUGCAUUGCCUGCAUGCACGCGGCCCAGUGAUUCAGUGAUUCGGAUGUUGCUCGCCGAGUGAUUUGGUGGCUGGAUGAGUGUCACCCGGUGACGAAGCGACGUCGGUGCGACGAAGUGACGUCACUUACUGGAUUCGCCGUAGCGCCGCAGCGCUGCUGACCGACCGCCUUUUCGCCGAAGACCCGCUGCCCCCGGCAAAGCGCAGCAGGAUGCACGGCAUCAUGGAAGGUCCGGGCGAGGAACUGACAGUGGCGGCCAUCGCGACGGAGGGCCCCGACGACGGCCACCACCACCUUAACGGGGUGAGCACGGCCCUCCUGGACAACGGCGCGCCGUCACCGCCGCCCCCCAAGGAGGCCGUCAAGGACGCCGUGAAGGACGCUGCCGGACAACCCUCGCCACCGCAGUCGCCGCCCGUCGCCUCCACGUCGGGACCCUCCUCGCCGACGGACAAGAAGGAAGAGACGGUGGCGGCGGCCUCACCAGCGGCCUCGCCAGCGGCCUCGCCCCCGCGAGUAGCGUCACCAGUGGCGGCCACUUCGCCUGCAGCCUCGCCUGCCGCGACGGAGAAGGAUGCCUCGGAUGCGCCGGCCCCGGCGGCCUCGCCCGCCUCGCCCGCCUCGCCUCUCGACGCGGACCCAGCCGCCGCGGACGAGGUCGCCCCGUCCCCGCCUGUGGCCGAGGCCGAGGCCGCCGACGGAGACGCGACCGAGGCCGCGGAAACUGCUGCGCCCGCCAAAAAGAGCGAAGGGGAUCCCUCCGGAGAUUUAAAUCUAGACAAUAAUGCCAGUGCCAUCGAUAUCAAAGACGGCAAGGCAUCUGAUGAAAACAGUGAAGCUCCUGAAACCAGUGUAGCAUUGAAAGAAUUGAACAGCAAUGUGACUGAAGAUAAAGAUGAUGCUACUGGUCCUAGUGAUGUAGAUGGGACUGUUAAGCUGCCAAAUGAAAGUGAAGUCAGUGUUAAAGUUGAACACGAUAGUCUUAGCACCAACGGAGAGUCACCGUGCCCAAAUGAUGUUCAGAAAGACACUAGUAUGGACGUUGAAAUUCAUCCUGAUGAGGAAGCAAGUGCGACAUCUGAGAGUGAAAACUCUGUGAAAGACAACCUUAGUGCUGGAAGUGAAGAUUUCAGAAUGGAUGUAGAUCUGCCGUCAACAGAUGUGAAAACGGAGGUUAUUGAAGAUCAAGAAAAAUCUACAGAUUCCGGAAUAGUUUCAGAACAGUCUGCACGCAAAUUACCCCAGAAAAGAAGCAGUGAAGACGACCUUCCAAGCAAUCUUGCAAAGAAGCAGUGCCUACCAGACAUUGUCUGUGGCGAUGCAAAUGCACUCGAUUUAAGUGGAAUGAAAAAGAAAGAUAGUUCAAAAGAGCCUAAGAUUGCCCUGAAGCCACAGUCCCUCCUGCUUAGUAAAUUGCAAGGAACUUCUGAUGUUGAUAAGUCAAAGAAGGAUGUGUACAGAAAUGAUGAUUCUGCAGUCCAGUCAGCUGAAUCUAUUAUCUCAAGCAAAACAUCCAGAAGACGUUCAUCUCGUGAUGAAAAAGACUCUCGAUCAUCACAUUAUCAGGGGAGGGGUGGAGAAAACACUACUGCUCGGGUUCAAGUUGAUCAAGUUCUUCGUGAGAUGAGAACACGUGUUAGGAGUUCUUACAAAGAACGGGAAAAAAUUGCCAAAGAGGACAGCCUACUUCGAGAUUUACUGGAGCCAGAGAGAGAUACUCUUAUGACUGAAUUUGUUGAUACAGCUACUCAGGGCGGUGGCGCCUCGGAACUGGAUAGGGUCUCUGCGGCUCUUGAAGCUGAAAUAAGACAACUAACUGUAGAAAUUAAUGCAAAGGAAGCAGAAUGGAAUGAUCUUAUUAGGAAAAAGAAAUUUAAGGAAGAACUAGCAUUGAGGGUGCAGCGGCGGAAACAGGUCCUUGCUCUGACAGGAGAGUCUGAUGAUCUUCUUUUGAGGCGAAACUCUUUUGAAGAGGAUUCCCGGUCUGACUGCAAAAGGGAUUCUAAUGUCGAUGUAAGGCACGAAAGGAGGCAUGAUCACUACAGGGAAGUGCCUAAAACAGAAGAGCUACUUGCUGCUGCUUUGCGUCUAGGGUCAAGGAAUGUUGAAGACUAUCAUCAUCGCAGUAACAGCUCAUCUCCUUUAGCGGUACGCAUCCAAGCUAGAGCUAAUGAACUUCUCAUUGGCUCAAAUCCCACUGUUGAAAGGAAGUCAUCAGGACCACCACCCGGACUGUCACACAUGCAGACACCAUCAUUACUUCAAUCUCAGCUAACUAAGCCGACUGAAAUUUCACCUAGUUCCCCCCAGUCGCAGUUUUUACUGCAGCAUUUGCAGCGACAGAGAGUGGGCGCGGUCAGCAGCGCUGGUUUAGCAUGUCGACAACUAUCUUCCUCUGUCUCCCUAUCUGCCUUACCCACCUCUACUAGCACCUCUUCAGCCCUAAAUGCUUCUCUCCCCUCUACUGCAGUUCACAAGAACUUAUCCCGAGUUGAGAAGCAGGUCUCUGCUGCGAGUGCUUCAAGGAUGCAGAGACCCAUUCUGCCUAAGCCGAGCACUGCUACCAGUGGGGGUCACGUGGUAAGUGAUUCUUCACAAGACGGCAGUGGGAAAGGCAUCAUCGGUGAGGGUCGACAGGGUGCCAUCAUUGACGUCCAGUCCAUCAUCGCAGACUAUCGCUCCCAACACCCGGAGAAUGUCCCCCGGCGUGGGCGCAGAAUGAAAGCGUCUGGGAUGGUGUCCGACAGCAUGAUGGCCAGCGCUAGACCAGGCAGUAGCAGUGGUGGAGGACUUCUUAUGUCGUUGCCAGCGCUUGGUUCGGGCUCGCAUGUUCGAACGGGCUCGGGCACUUCGAUCCACGGCAAUGCUCCAGUGGAUCUGUCUGAACUUGGCUUUGUUCUAAGUUCAGGGGCUGGGAGUGACGGGCCUUCGCGACCCUCAAGUACAGAAUCAUCUCUCAGUGGUGCUCCCUCUCAGGUAAAUCAGGAGUCUGGCAUGAGCUUCAAAGAUGUUUUGGUCCAGUUUGCCAAAAUGACGAAUGCCAAUGAGCAGAGUGCCAUGAACCCUCAAGGAGGUUUGGGUUUACCAGGACGACCGCCACCGCCUCCUUACCCGGAGGUUACUUUGCACCCGGUUGUGAACCCUACACCAGUUGCUAGCCCAGUGCCUGCAGCAAGUGCUCCUCCAACUUCCCUGCUCCACAAUAUCCUAACAAAGCCCACCAAUCAAUCAUCCAACAAUGGGAGCCAAUCUCAUGCCAAGCCCACUACAUUUUCUCCAACACUUGCUCGCUUGUUGACUGCACCUGAGAGAAGCUCAUCUGUAUCUCAUCAUUCUACUCAUCAUUCUACGCCCGUAUUGCCCCAGUACCAACCAUCGGCAGUAUCGAAUUAUGGGACUACUGGAUCUGUGUUACUAAGUGACCUUCUCUCAGUGGGACCAUCUAAAAAGGCACGUAGUGAAUUAACCAUAACUCCAGUAUCAGCUUCGUCUGCCACUUCCAAUUCGUCAAUGCCAAGUAUGAAAAGGAAUAAUGAGGUGGUCGUCCUGGAUGCUGAUAUUAAUGGAGAUGAAGGCGAUGCCUCAGAUCCAGAUGAGCGUCGAUUGGUGAUAGAUGAAGGUGACAAUGCUGAAAAUGGAGAUGAUACUGACGGUCGGUCAGAUAGGUCAAAAAAUACUGUCCCUCAUUGCCAAGGCUGUAAUGAGCGAGAUGCUGAAUUUGUCUGUGCUGGAUGUCAAAGGCAGUGGUAUUGCAGCCGAGAGUGUCAAAUUGCGGCAUGGGAUGAACACUCAGAACAAUGCUUUCCAGCAUCAAAUGACAACUGAAAUUGUGAUGCCUAAGACUAUUUUAUGUAACUUAAGGUAGAGGAAUGUUCCUCAUAGAUAUCAUCAUAUUUAUCAUUUCAGUCAUUCAUUCAUUUCAUUGAGGUCAAUGAAGUAUGAGAUGCUAUUUCAUGUGUAAUUUAUAUGGUUGAUGUUCUCUCAGUAUACACGAGAAGCCAAUACUGAGUUAGUUAAUGUUCUGUUUAUUACAAACAGAAUGAAUGAUGAAAUAGGUUACGUUCUGUUUUCAGUUUCUAUCUUGUACAAAGUGGAAAUGUAAGUUGAAAUGUAAGAGUCACUAUUUGAAUUCAUGCCUAGUCCUUGUGUAGCGUAAUAAUGUGGAUUCUCCUAAGUAUCUAUUAUUUAAUAAUUUUCUUGUCUUGGUCUUUGGUGCUGUAAUGAAAAUAUUGCAACAAUUCGCAUGUGUGAUAGCUUUAAACAGGCAUUCUGAUUGCUUGAUUGUGUAUCUCAUUUCCUGCACUUACAAUAGGUAUUUGAGUACUGUAGAAACUUCAAUUUUGAUCUCAAUCAUAUAAUUUCUCAUUGUAACAACCAGCCCAUAAAUCUACUGCCAAUUAUUGCAGAACUGUAAAGCCUGGAUUCAUGUUGCAAAGCAAUUUUAUUCCAUAUUACAAAAAAAAAAACCUCUCUUUGUACCUUACUGGAUCAAAGAAGCAGAAGGUUUCAUGCUGGAAACAACAGUGUAUCUUGUUACUUUGUUCUUUCUUUAUUGUUUGUAAAGUUUUGUUAAUGUAUUAAAACCUUUUCUAAAGUUGCGACCUAUUGAACCAACUUUUUAAGUUUUUAUGUUCUUUGUCUUUUCUUGGCCUUUUGUUUGUACUGCGCAGCUUGUGUUAAGUUAAGGAAUUCUCCUCCUUAUUUUUGUGAGAUAAAAAAUUGUUGUUCUUUUUUAUUUCUUAUUUUUUUAAUGUGCUGUUUGUUUAUCUUUAGGCAUUGGCAUAUUAAAUUAAUUCAUUUGUUUUGUUGUUUUAGAAAUUGGCACCGAUCCGCCAAAGAGACUAUUUGUUAUUAUGUAUCUUGUUUUAUUUCGUCUCUUAAAGACUAAGUAGGUGCCAAAUAAUUUGUAAAUUUGUUUAUCUGCUGUUAUUGAUGACUCCAAGUACAGAAAGAAUGACGAUAUUGUGAUCAUCUUUCGCUCACAAAUUUGUGUGAUAGUCUUUAGAAUUGAAAAGGUAAUGUUUGUUCCCUGUGACUGAAUUAGAUAAUGAGUGAAUGAGUUCCAAAAUUUUAUUAUUUUAAAUGUGAGUUCCAUGCAUUUAAAACAAGGUGACAAUGAACAAAGGACAUUGCCUGAUUAUCAAUUAGUUACUAUUAAUUCAAUAGUUUACCAUCUUUCUGUGUCUUAUUACUCAUGAACAUGCCAACACACAAUUCUGAUACUUGGAACUCCAAGUUGCUUUAUUAAUGGGAACCCAUUCAUAAAAUGACUGCUAAAAAUCAGAUCAUCUGGUAGAUUUUGUUUUGGUUGUAGUACCCUCAAAUUGCUCCUUUUUCAUUUCAUGAAAAUCAAUUGUAUUGCUAUAUUGGAACUAUGGUCACUGCCAUUUCAAUCUUAAAUUGUGAUUUGCCAUUUGGACAAUGGGCGAUGUAUUACUUCAUUUAGUGGUCACAGGAUCUAUUGUCCUGUGCCAGACAUAGAUGCCAUGUAAUAAGUCCCCUUUCCCUCCCUUUGUUUAUGUAUCUUAUAUAUGAACAACACAUAUAUAUUGUAUUUCAUUAAGCUGGACCUUGAAUGGUCAGGGAAGGGUCAAGUGUGGUUUGUUUGUGUUUAAUUUUUUCACAUUAUUCUUUCUCAAUUGUAACCCUACUGUUAUCUUGAUCUAAACAUCCAUUAUGAACUCUUUGAAUAAAGUAUCAUAGUUACCACAAGAAAAUUAACAAAGUUUAAA